AUGAUACACGUUGCCUCAAGUGGAGAGAUGCCAUUCGUUUCUAAUGUCCGAAAGACGCGGUCGAUUAGGACGAAGAUACAAAAUCAGUCACCAGUCAAAGCUGCAAAGCUUGCUAUAAAAACUCGUGCUUCAGAAAAGUUAAAUGCUCAAGAAUUUAAGCGCAUUAAACUUGUUACCGUCUUGUCUGACGGCUCCGUAGAUGUAAAACACCGAAGUGAACAUUUGAGAGCAGCUCUUGGGCGUUUGAGACAGACAAUAUUGCAUUCUGUGUUUGAUAGAAGACAUACUCACCACAAAAAGCAUUCCGCACCGAGCUGUUCUCGGUCAGCAGCUUCUAAACCUACAAAAGCGGUCAGAACAGUCGGUCUUCCUUCUCGUACUUAUACCGUAUGUGAAGAAUGCAGUCGAAGAUGUGCGAAUCUUGAUGUUAUCAUGGAGGAAGAUUUUGAUGAGGACAGCUUAUCCGAAGAAAUCGAAACAAAAAUUCAAUUAAAAUCCUCACCCUUUUCUAUGCCCUCUGUUUCUAUGAAAUCCCAUUCAUUGACGCCAGUCUAUAGCAGCCUUCUUUCGGUGUGA